ACUAUCGGCUCGGCGGCCUCCCGGGAUUCAGGCUGGAAGUCGGGUCGCGCCUGUCUCUGCGGCCCGGGCGCCCCUCCGCGAACCCCAGGCGCUUCCUUGGCCCGAGUGCAGGGACCGCCCUCCAGCCCUGCUGAGAGCAAGGUCCAGAGCAUCUCGGAUAUUUGGGCGGCGCCAAGGUGGAGAUUCCUGCGGCCACAGGCACUACCCUAGGACGAGGCACGGGCCAGGGAGGCACACGUUUCCAUGGGGAAACAUGUGCUCGGACCUGCAGUUUGUUUGAUCGUUGCUGGACUAUGCUUGCACUUAUGAUUCUACUUAGUCUACUGCCCAUAGCUCCCUUCGCGUUCCCUCAUUGCACGAGAAGUCCAGAGGUGUCUGGGCGCGCGGGGGAAGAAGUCUUUACAUCAAAACAAGAAGCAAACUCUUUCAUACGUAGACACCUGCUAUCUAAUAGAUUUGAUUUCGAGCUCUUCACUUCCGGCGACCUAGAAAGAGAGUGCUACGAAGAACUGUGUAAUUAUGAGGAAGCCAAAGAGAUUUUUGUGGAUGAAGAUAAAACGAUGGCAUUUUGGCAGGAAUAUUCGAUUAAACAACCAACCACAAAAUCAGGUGGUAACAGUAAGAAAGUUGACGUUAUGGGCCUUCUGACUGGACUAAUUGCUGCUGGAGUAUUUUUGGUUAUUCUAGGAAUACUUGGUUACCAUCUUUUUAUCACUAAGUGUAGCAGACAACAACAUCCAGGUUCCUCAAGGGGCAGGCAGACUCCCUCCAUCAUUUUCAGAAGACCUGAGGAGGCUGCCUUGUCUCCAUCACCGCCUUCAGUGGAGGACACAGGAUUACCUUCUUAUGAACAGGCGAUGGCACUAACCAGAAAACACAAUGUUUCACCGCCACCACCAUAUCCUGGACCAGCAAAAGGCUUUAGGGUAUUUAAAAAGUCUAUGUCGCUCCCAUCUCACUAAACCCACCUUGCCAUCCUGGUGGUCCAGGAGAUUCAUGUUAUUUGAAUGGUUCAUUUUCCCUGAACCAUACAGACAUGUCAGUUCAGCCCUUUAUGACAAACUGCAAGAAGUAAAGGAGGAAUAAGCACAAGCACUACACCACAGAAGUUCUGUCAGUAAUCUUGGACUUGAACUUGUCCAUGAUCAGCUUGGUAAGAAAAUUGGACUCCAUAUCCUUGUAGUUAAGAGUGAGCACUUUUUUUUUGUUUAUUUUCAUUGUUCCUCCAAAAUUUGUACUAUGGAUGUCAUAGCUAUAACUGAUGAAAUAGCUGUAUCCUUUGUGCAGAUAAAGGUUGCAGAUUUUUUGUGUUGAAUAUUAAAAAAGUAAGAAUUCCUAAUCAUUAGAUUAUCCCAAGUUGUAACAUUGGGCCUACACUUUAUUAGAAUUCCUGAUUGGUGGCAAAUACUUCACAGAAUUUGCCAUUUCAUUAUAAAUUUGUGGUCUUAAUAUAAUGGCUUUGUUUUAUAUUUUAAAUUAUUGUACAGCAUUCACUAUGUUUUGCAGGUUUUAAACAACUCUGUUUAAGAGUUGUUAACUCUUACUAUCAGUCAUGUUUCUUUAUGAGGAGUGGGAUCACUAAUUUUCUUUAAAAAAAAAAACAC